CUGUCAUUAAAUUUGCUAUUUCAAAAGAUCCCGCAAAGCACUUCCUGGACGGGUCUCUGGAGAUGAAUCGUAUAGGUUUACAUCGUUGACGAAAGAGAAAGUAAGGCCUAUACAAUGGACGGUGGCGGAGAUGAAAUAUCAGAUGAACGGAUAGCGGAGGCUUGUCUCAGAGGGGUCAUGGAGCAGGAGCUGAGGGAGGGCCACCAGGACGUCGAGGCUCCGGCGCUGCCAUCGGGCCCCGAGCCGCAGAGUGAGGCGGAGAGAGAUUUGAUGGAUGAGUUGGGCCGAAGGGUUCGCCAACAGAGCUCCAUUCUCAAAGGCAACCAAGAGUUACAAGACUCCAUCGAUGGGGUGAUUCGAAUGCCAGGUUCAAUGAUUGACAAGUUCUCACAGCUGGCAGGCAAAGUGUUUAAGAAUGGAGUGACCUGGGAUAAAAUCAUAUUGCUGUUCUAUGUUGCCGGAAGGAUGGCAAUAAAGGUGAUGGAAGAUAAUCUGCCUCUACUGGUGAUUGAGAUCUUCAAGAUAGCGUUGAAUUACUUCAAGGAGAAACUACUGGGCUGGGUCACUAGCCAUGGAGGAUGGAGCAACUGUCUGUCAGAGCUAAGUGGCCGUAUGCAGGGCAUGCCACUCACCACCAAGCAGACACUCAUCAUCAUCGCCGGCCUGGCCUUCCUGAGCAUCGUCGCCUGGAAGCGGACACGGAGGGCCUGAGGCCAGGGCCAUGGAGGGCCUGAGGCCAGGGCCAUGGAGGGCCUGAGGCCAGGGCCACGGAGGGCCUGAGGCCAGGGCCACGGAGGGCCUGAGGCCAGGGCCACGGAGGGCCUGAGGCCAGGGCCACGGAGGGCCUGAGGCCAGGGCCACGGAGGGCCUGAAGCCAGGGCCACGGAGGGCCUGAGGCCAGGGCCGCUUCCAGCCAUUUGGGUGAUUGCUUAGUGGUAGUUAUGACUCCAUUUCACCUACAGAUUUUGAUCUUACUCUCAUUUUGACAGAGAAAUCGGUUAUACCAGCCUGUUAUCAGUAUCAGUCACAUUCAGUUACUCAGUGGUGUAUUGUAAGGAUAGGUUUCUUCAGAUUGCAAAAUUAUUUUUACGAACAGAUUUUUUUAUAUUUGUAUAUGACAUAGGGCAAAGAAAAAUAAUGCAUGCUCCGCAAAAAUAAAUAACUAAAUAAGCAGGCCCCGUCCAUGCAGUAUACGCUCUGGCUCGGCUGCAUGUCUGACAUGGCAGAAGUCGAAGAGCUCGUCCCUCGUUGCGGAUCAUCGUCCGUUAUCUGGAAAUAUUUCGGAUUUAGGGCAAGCGAUUUGAACCAGCAUCAAACAAUCUUCAAAGUGUGCCGUAGAGCUGUGUCAGCGCCGCAAGGCAACACAACUAAUUAAUUCGGCCACCUGAACACACACCACAAAAUAGUCUGACGAAGGCAUGAAUGCUAUAAAAGUGUUGCAUCGGCUGCUAACACGAGUCGUCCCACGUCUAGCCAGACGUCCAUAAAACGAGCCUGUACAGCAUGACACCGUGUCCAUCAGGUCACAAAGACGCACCGAAAUCGCCAAUGCAAUCACAUUCCAUUUGGCCAAAGAUAUGUGUCCAAUAAACACCGUCGGUAAUGAAGUCUUCAAGAAAAUGGUAAACAUACUGGACAAUAGGUAUGUUAUCCCCUCGCGCAAUUAUUUUUCAUUUUGCAUUCUCUGGUGGCAUAUUUAUUUUAGUAAUCCUAUUUAUUUAAACGCCUUAUUUUCAAGUUUAACAAAUCUUUUACAAUUUAAACAUUGUCAAAUCUGUGCCCUGUUGAUUUUAAGUUGGUGAUAUCUCUGCAAAGAUUUGUACAUUAGCAGGAAUGUAGCACAAUGGUUCACGGUUGUUAAAGCAGUGUUAUGUUAACGUGAUUGUUCAAUACAAAUAUUUGUCAAUCAAAUGAAUAAUCGUGGUAAAUAAUCGGGAUAUCAGUAUUGAUCAAAAUAAUUGUGAUAAUCAUGUUGGCCAUAAUCCCGCACCCCUAAUAUUUCUUUAUUUCUUUAUUUCAAGGAUAGCCCCUUGAGAUGUAUCAUCUCAUUUUCGAGGGGGUCCUUACAAUAAUGACAAAUAAUACAAUGAAAGUAAAAAGUAAGUUAUAAACAUAAAUUCAAACACAUAAGCACAA